GGUUGUGGACCAACACAAACGAAGAUUAAAUUUUUUAGGUUAGAUCAAGAAUUUCUGUUUCGAAGUCAAUCAGUCACGAAAAGUCGCUUUUCCGUAAGCGUACGAAACUAUUAAGCUACAACAAGUUGAACACAACAUGGACACAGCUGCAAAAGAUAUUACCACAAGUUCUGUUGAAGAGCUGAACGAAACGAAACCUACAGAAAACGAGAUUGAUGAAAACGACAAAAAGCAAGAGAACAAAGAUGAAUGGGUAGAUUUAUUAGGUAGUGGCAGUAUAAUGAAGAAAAUCAUUAGAGAAGGCUUGCCAGAUACGAAACCUCAGCGAUUACAGAAGUGCCGUAUAAACUAUACAUGCACUUUGGAAGAUGACCCAGAAGUGAUCCUUCAAGAAGAGGGAAAUGAGAUUUUUUUAGGAGACUGUGAUGUGAUACAAGGUCUGGACGUUGCCGUUGCCUUGAUGAAUCUGAACGAACGAUGUUUGUUAAAAAUCGCACCAAGAUUAGCUUACGGCCAGAAAGGCCUGCCUGGAAAAGUACCUGAAAAUGCCACCGUUGUCUACGACAUAGAACUGACAGCUGUAGAACCCGAGGUGGAACCCGAAAGUCUGUCGGUGAAAGAACGAAAAAUCAUCGGGAAUAAGAAGCGUGUACGCGGAAAUUGGUGGUACUGUCGUGGAGAAAAUAAUCUUGCCAUCCAGUGCUACCGACGAGCUUUGAAUUAUUUAGAUGAGGUUGAAGGAGGUAUUAAAACGAUCAGUGCCGACAAUGAGGAAGAGAUCACAGACGCCGAUCUGCAGGAGUUAUUGGAAGACAGAAUCAGCGUCUGUAAUAAUAUGGCAGCUGCACAGAUUAAGCUGGAAUCUUACGACGCAGCUCUGUUAUCGCUUCAGACAGUUUUGCGAUGUCAGCCUAAUAAUGUUAAGGCCCUCUUUAGGAAGGCUAAGGUCCUUCGAGCCAAAAACGAUCUUACGGCAGCCCUGAAAUGCUUACAAAAAGCUAAAGACGUAGCACCAAAUGACCAGGAUGUGCAAAAAGAACUGAACGCUAUAAAUAUGCUUAUGCAAAAACAGAAGGGAGUGGAAAGAGAACUAGCACGACGAAUGUUCAAUGGCCCGAAGAAAUCGGACAAUAAUGUCAAAAAAGGAACCAGUCGCAAGAUCGGACUUUACGCCACGGUUGGUGCGACACUGGCGUUGGGGGCGGGAGUCUUUGCAUACAGAUUCCUCCGUGUUUAAAUAGGUAGUCAUGAAUUAUUUUACACAAAGGCAUUUAUGUUUUUUUAGUAGUUUAAAACAUAUUCGUUUUGUUUCACAUUAUUUUAAUACAAAGGUGUUGUAAUUUUGUACAGUUUUUGUUUCGUUUUUAAUUUUUUAAAUAAAAUAUUUAUCUUA